UCCGGCACAAAACUGUUCCCAAAAAAAAACAACAACCCACCUCUCUCCUCUCCUUUUUCCAUCUGAUUCUCCAUUGUGUUGCCGACUGCAGCCAUGUCCUUUGUCGCUCCUCCUGGUUAUCAGCCAGUCUACAGUCCUGGAAUUCCAUACCUGGGGCCCAUUUAUGGAGGCGUGAGAGAAGGGACGUCCAUCUACCUCCAGGGCUCUGUCCCUAAAGACAUUACCAGGUUUCAAGUUAACCUGCUCUGUGGCCAGAGCGAGGGCAGCGACAUUGCCCUCCACUUCAACCCUCGAUUUGAUGGCUGGGACAAAGUGGUCUUCAACUCUUGUCAGGGUGGAUCCUGGGGGUCAGAGGACAAGAUCCGUAGCAUGCCCUUCAACAAGGGCAAGUCCUUUGAAAUGGUCAUCAUGGUCACUUCACAAGGCUACAAGAUCACCGUCGAUGGGAAAGACUUUCACACCUUCGAGCACCGCCUCCCGCUGUACAGUGUGUGCGCGCUGCAGAUCGCAGGAGACGUCUCCAUCCAGACCAUUAACGUCAUAGGGGGUGGAGGAAUGGGUGGAGGAAUGGGUGGUGGAUGGGGAGGAGGAUGUGUAGGAGGAAUUGGUGGUGGAAUGGGUGGAUAUCCAGGAGGUGGCAUGGGGGGAGGAUGUCCAGGAGGCUCAGGAGGAGGCAUGGGAGGAGGAUAUCCUGGAUGUGACAUGGGGGGUGGAUAUCCAGGAGACAUGGGUGGUGGAUAUCCAGGAGGUGACAUGGGGGGUGGAUAUCCAGGAGGCACGGGUGGUGGAUAUCCAGGAGGUGACAUGGGGGGUGGAUAUCCAGGAGGCAAUAUGGGGGAAGGAUACCCGGGCUCACAACUGCCGGGUAUGGGUGCCCAGCCAAUUUACAACCCUCCUAUCCCUUAUGCUGGCAUGAUCCCAGGAGGAUUUUUCCCAAAGAGAACUAUCAUCAUCAGAGGCAUGGUGCCUUAUGGUGCAAAGAAAAUGUCCUUCAACUUCAUGGUGAGCAGAUCUCAGGACAUUGCGUUCCACUUGAACCCACGGGUGAAAGAUUCAAUUGUCGUGAGGAACAGCAAGAUCGGAGGAGCCUGGGGUCAUGAGGAAAGAGAGGUCAACAUGAACCCCUUCAGGGAGGGACAGUACUUUGAUAUGUCGAUUCGCUGUGGGAACGGAAGGUUUAAGGUGUUUGUGAACGGCGAGCACCUGUUCAACUUUGCGCACCGCCUCCCGUCCUUCAACGAGAUCGACAGGGUGGAGAUCGAAGGUGACGUGCAGAUCUCCUACAUCCACUUCUGAGACCUCACAUGUACCUACACGCUGAUGUAGAAAUGUUUCAGUGAUACGUCAACCACCAUUUUGUUCAUCUCCUAAUUGAUUGUGCUGCAUUAAACAAUUAAUGUUAGAUUAUCA